AAAACAAAUAGGUAUACUUUUCAAAAAAUUUUAAAUCUGCAAAAAAUGAUGCGAAAUGAAACCAGAAUUUUAUCUGAUAAGGACCAAGAAUUGUCUUUCAGUUCUUAUGUGCAAAUGGAAGAUUUAUUAGACAAGUUAAAAUUAUUAAACUAUGAGUCUGAAUUUUUAAGUGGCCUUAAAAUUAAACCAAUACACAAACCAAAACCACCUGAAGAGAAAGAGGAAGAAGCUGAAGUUUUAGAUGACGAAUCUGAAAUAAAUCUAGACAGAAUCGAGGAGGAGAUGAUAGCUGCAUAUUCAGAUGAUUCUGAUGAAGAAAAUAUAUUUCGGUUAGAUGAACUAAAACCAGCAAAGAAAGAAAUACAAGUUACAGAAUUGAAGUCAAAUAUUGACGAGGAAACUUGGAAAUUGGAAGUGGAAAGAGUUUUACCAAUGCUAAAAGUAACUGUCAAAAACGACAGCAGAGACUGGAGAUCACACUUAGAACAAAUGAAACAACACCAAUCUACCAUCGAUAAUACAUUCGGUAUUGCUAAAGGUCAAUUAGAAAAAUUACACAAAGAAAUAACAUCCACUCUUGAUAAAGUGAGUAAUAGAGAGAAAUAUUUCAACAGAGAACUAGAAAGCAUUUUGGAAGAGUAUCGCAGCCUACAAGACCAGCUUUCAAAAUUGAAGGAUACAUACAAAAAUGUAAGCACAGGAGUUGCGGAAAGAAACAGAGAACUUCACAAGUUGACGGAAAAAUUAGAAACUGUUAAACAACAAAUGGAGGAGAGGGGAAGUUCUAUGACUGAUGGAACUCCUUUGGUGAACAUAAAAAAAUCUGUUGCCAAAGUAAAAUCAGAAAUCAUAGACAUGGAUGUUAGAAUUGGAGUUUUAGAGUGUGUGCUUCUACAGACGAAGUUAAGAGAAGAAAAGCAAAUCGAGAAUGAGUUUGGACAGUCCAUUUCAGUUUUUUAAAAUACAUAGUCUUAUAUUUAGAUAUUAUGUCCUAGUCAAAAAGACUGCACUUAAUUUAUUUAUUGUUGUUAAAUCACUUUGUUUA